AUAUUGUUACAGAGCUUGCGUCAGCGUCGUUCGAGCAAGCCAUGGUUAAGAUCAAAACCUAAUCAGUCGUUUAUUCAACUCCGCGUAGACAGCAGGGAAAACAAAGUACCUUAGUGAAGAUUAAUUUCAUAGUCAAGUUUAAGGUUAACCGCAAGGUUCGACCGGCAUCCGCAGUGACCUGUGAAAAUAAACCAAUAAGUCGGCAGCGAUUAAUAAAAAAAUUCUCGGGGAAGUUUUUUAACGAGUUCCGAAGCAUUGUGCCCCGUCCAUUGUGGCCAGGAUUCCGGGCUCGUUACGCGAGAAAAUGCACCGGAGUGUUUCGAGAUGAAUUUGAAUGUUUCCCGAGCUGUCGCGGGGGCAGAGGCUGAAUAGGCAAUAUGUUGCUGAGCUCGUCCGCAUGUCGGCUGACGACCUUUUUCAUUGGUGUUUCGGAGAUAUGUUUCAUGAGCGCGCCGGUGGGGCCGUGCUACUAUUGCUGCCCCCACGACGAUGUGCAAGAUAUACAGUACAAACUGUUCACUAGAUCAAAUCCAACCACUUUCGAGGUGAUCUCAGUAGGCAACAGAGCAUCUCUGCGACGGACUCGCUUCAAUGUCGCCAAUCCUACGAUUAUAUACCUCAUGGGCUUCACUGAAGCCACCACUGGCCGAAGCACCACGACACUGCGAGAUGCAUACCUAGCAAGAGGGGAGUACAACUUCGUGGCGGUCGACUGGGCACGUCUCGUGGCUUUUCCGUGGUACAUAACGGCGGUCCGCAACACUCGCUACAUGGGAGCUCGCUUGGCAGACUUCGUGCAGUUUCUGGAGCGCUCCGGGGUCCGGGCUUCCUCGCUGCACGUCAUCGGGUUCUCGCUCGGGGCCGAGGCGGCGGGGUUCGCCGGGAAGGAGCUGAGGAGGAGGGGGCUGCUGCUGGGCAGGAUUACUGGCUUGGACCCCGCCUACCCAGGCUACGGUUUAACCAACACCGACGGGCAUCUAGCAAAAGGCGAUGCGACCUUUGUAGAUGUUCUGCACACUAACCCUGGGGUCUUCGGGUUCCCCCGGCCGAUAGGCGACGUGGACUUUUACCCCAACCCGGGGAGCUGGAUACAGCCCGGCUGCUGGGUCGACCAGCUGCUUAGGAACCGGGAGGUCGGGUUUAUGUACGGCUGCAGCCACAACCGAGCCUGGCGUUUGUAUGCAGAAUCAGUGCUGAACCCAGCAGGGUUUCCAGCGACGCUUUGCCGGCAGUGGAGAGGCUCAGGGCGUGUAUGCAGCUUUCAAAUCAAUGGGUACAUGGGCUUUGGAGCGCGGCCACCCCUCAGCGGAAAAAUGUAUUUGGAGACAAAUGAGAGCCCCCCUUUUGCGAGAAAUGGACCAUAACCUUCAGUAAACAGUCGACGCAUGUUUUAGAAAAUAAUAACGAUUUAGAUUUAAGAAGGAUUUUUUCAACUUGCUGCUAAUCGUUUCCGCCGUAGCGUGUGAAACGGUAAUAUCUCUAAGGCUCACUUGCCCCAACUACUUAACUCAGGGUCAGUGGGCUGUCAUCUGUCAAAUUCCAUAUAAAAUGGAGGGUUAACCCUCCAUUUUCGUUGGUGCAAGUGGCCCUAAGAGUCUCGCCCAAUAGUCCAACAAAGACACAGUGACGUUUUGUUGACUUCGACGCAAAAUGAUUGGUAGAACAGUUAUGAACGAAAUGAUCUUCUGAAACAUAAUAUUUUUUGUAACAUAAAAUGUCAUUAGUGAUCUUAAUGCCAAUGAAUUAAUGUGA